AUGAGCUGGAUAUCCCAUAAUAGACAGAUCCGCACCACCAACGUAACAUGCACCCGCGGUGUCUCGCGGAACCUCCUCUUCAUAAACACCGCGGUCAUUGAUAAGUGCGCUGCUUUUGCCGUCUUGCACAAUACGCCUGAUUGCUUUGAACUUCAAGAUUUCGCAGCGAUUCUCGUUUUGGAUGAUUAUUAA